GAAAAAUUCACUAGAUUUUGUUUGUCGAAAAAAUCCGUUACUUUAGCAUCGAAUCAAAAGCUUUAAUUGAUUUAACUCACACAAAAUGUUUCGAACAAUUUUAUUGUUUUUCAUUGUUUAUUGUUCAUUUACUAUAGGAUCCAGAGCAUCGACGGAAACAUCGGCAAUGGAAACUAUUGAUGCUGGUCGUGUUGAAAAAUCUUUGGCCAAAUUGAACAUAACAUCACAAACAAAAAUUCAUGAUUUGGUUCCAGGAUCCGAUCAACUCAAAGAUGUCUAUACGGCCUAUGAUCCAUCAUUUAUCAAACAAGAAAUUGAUAUUUUCAAGCUAACCGUUGUUGAAACAACCACAAAAUUUUUCACGGCCCUUUUGUCUGAUCCUGAAGAACGAAAAUUUGCUGACUUUAAAGAUUUCGAUAAACGAAUGGAAACAUUUGUCGAUAAUCUUAAAUCAUUGGCCAAUACAAUUAAAGAUGAAUUGAACAAACCAAAAGAUCAGCGAACCAAAUAUGGAUUGACACCAUUUUCAGCUCUUAAUAACGUAGAAAGUGGAAUGAUGUUUGGAUUAAGUCCGCCAAAAUAAUGAUGAAUUUCAUUAUUUUAUAAAAUAAAAUUUUGACAUUUGAAUUUGAAUUUUAUUUUUGUGAAAAUAAAAAAUUCACUUUUGUUUUUUUCCAAUAAAUAAACCAAUAUCAUUGUGUUUGAUGAUAA